CAAUAUUUUAGUGUCAAUCCAAAUCCAACGUUUGCAUUCAUUCGCGCAAUGAUUUUUAUUUACACAUAAAUUUGGAGUGUUUUCCAAAUUAAAAUGUCGCUACAAAAUCAAGGGCUGCCCUCAGUGCCAAAACCGAAACGCUCCAAACAUCUGAAAGAUUCCUCCAUCGAUUUCUGCAGAAUUGGAGGCCUGAACAACCACCUGAAAAUGCUAAGGGAAAUUAUCAUUUUUCCUUUGCUUCAUGGAAACGUGUUUUCCCACUUCAACAUUAAAGCGCCUCGAGGAGUUUUAUUUUAUGGUCCUCCAGGAACAGGAAAAACGUUAGUUGCAGCAGCACUAGCAACCGAAAUUACCAAAGAGGGUAUCGGAAAAGUUGCAUUUUUUCCGAGGAAAGGUGCAGAUGUGUUGGACAAAUGGGUUGGAGGUUCUGAAAAAAACCUGCGUGAUCUUUUCGAAAAGGCAACAAAAUGCAAGCCGGCCAUAAUAUUUUUCGAUGAAUUGGAUGGCCUGGCUCCAGUGAGAGACAAGCAAACAGAUCAAGUUCACUCCAGCGUCGUAGCCACUUUGCUAGCUCUGAUGGACGGUCUGGACAACAAACCUGGACUUAUAGUUAUUGGGGCUACCAAUCGCAUAGACGCGGUAGAUCCAGCGCUCAGACGCCCGGGAAGGUUUGAUAAGGAGCUGUAUUUUCCUCUGCCAGGAGUGGAAGCAAGACGACAGAUUCUAGAGGUCCAUACGAAAACUUGGAAACACCGACCAAGUUCGCGACUUUUGACCGCUUUGGUUGAAGCUACUUCUGGAUUCAGUGGCGCUGAUCUGCAAGCUUUAUGUUCCGAAGCCAUAGUCAGGUGCAUGAAACGGGCGUAUCCUUGCUUGCAGGGAGUGAAAAUUGAUCCAGAUAAAUUGAAGGUAGACGAGUGCGACUUUCGAAACGCCAGAUUGUGCAUGGUGCCUUCAACGCAAAAAAAUGGCCUAAAAAUGCGAAAACUGACGUCGAUAAUUGAACCGUUGCUUGAGGGACAAUUGAGGAAAGUGAUGCGAUCGAUUCAGACCUUUUGGCCCCAUUUUCUACAAGAGAACUAUAAAUAUAUCACUGGAGAAGAACGAUAUGCUGGCCGAGUGUUGCUUAUCGGCAACAGCAUGCAAGGUGUGGAUAAUCACAUAAUUCCCGCCCUGUUGCAACAACUAGAAUAUCUUCCUUCGUUCAUCUUUGAUGUAACAUAUGUCUCAAAGAAAACUAAUAUGAUCAACGCUCAAGUCCACCAUCCUUCCGUGAUACUCCUAUCCAGAGUUGACGAUUGGUGGAGCAUUAUCGACGAAUGCGACCAGUUGAGCAUAGUCUCCGCAUUGGAGGACAUUCAUGCUGGUCUUCCUAUACUGGUUGUAGCGACCUGUCGAAAAGACGUCCCCUUUAUGCUGCAAAAUUUCUUCUACAACAAUAGCAGCAUUCUUCUGAAAAUCGAGGAUCCAACAGAUGAUGAACGAAUGGCUUUCUUAAAACCGCUGUUUUUUGACCGUAAUAUCGUCAGUUUGGUCACAGUGCUAGAAAACUCUAGAACAGCAAUCAAGGAAACUAAAAAGUCGAGCAAGAAUAGAAAAGCGAUAAAAGCACUGGGACAUAUAAUCAACAAAGGUAAACGUAAAAGAAGUUCUUCUCGGUCGAGUUUUUCACCUGUUAAGAAGCGACAGCGUAGAAAGGAGAUCCAAACGAACCUGGUGAGAUCGAAUAGUGUGAGCAGUUUUUACGAUAUACAUAAAGAGAUAAAGCAAAAAAAAAGCGGCGUAAUUGAUUUGAAAAGGUCUGGAAGCAUGAGAAGCAUUGACGACACAGUAGCUAGCUACAGUAGUACCCCAUAUUUCAGCACAGUUUUAUCCAAUUUGCUUAACCAACGGGGUUCCGACCAAGGAGUGAUGGUUGAUACCACUUUGAAGACCUUCUUGUCUAAUAAGCGACUAAACUGUGGAGCCAAAGACGAUAAUGAAUAUGUGGCAAAUAAUAUGGACGAUCCACCGAUGCAGCACAUCUACACUUUGUGGAAACAUGCUUCUAUGGUGACCUCCAACAAGAUGUACGUUACUCAGUUGGAGUUGCUCUAUGAUGUAAUUUCGGCCUGCAUUAACAUCCACUGGAAUUCGUUUGAAUCCUUAGUAAAGAAUCUGGAAGAUAUCCUAAGAAACAUUGAGCAUUCCAACAGCAUUGACUUGAUCUAGAUUACAAGGUCGAGUCAAUCGAGCUAGAAGUGAAUGUUUGUAAUAUUAUGUGCAAUAUAUCAUCUAUAGGUACA